AUGUCCUACAAUCAUCAGCAGUCAGACUCCAUCUCCAACGCCAUGUAUCCCGCCGAUUCUUCCUACACACCAGGCGGCGGCGCUCAAAACCGCCAAUCCACAAACUCCCUCGCCAAUGCCCUGUAUCCCGUCGACUCCGGAUACACACCCGGCGGCCAAAAUCACCACCCAUCAGACUCCCUCGCCAAUGCCGCCUACCCCCAAGACUCUGCCUACCGCCCCGCUGCCCCGACAUCCCACCCAGACGACAAGCUCGCCAUGCCUCAAGCACGCUACUCCCAGUCUUACAACACCGCAGCCAUGACAGGGCCCGGGGCUGCCAGUCGCCAAGCUCCCACAACAGCAUACCCUCAGUACCCGCCCGCCACACAACAACCACAGGCCUGGACCCCGACGCACGAUCCGUACUCCCCUGCCGUGACCCCGUGGAGCCCCGAUGGCAUGUCCGCCGCGAACCCGAACCUGCCGCCACCGCCGCCGUACGACCCCUCGAGGCCCGGGACAGGAGCGACUGGCACAACUUCGCCGCAAGUCCAGCAACAACAACAGCAGCAAGCACCAGCACCCGCAGCACCGCACAUUGCAGACCCAGAAGGACAAGAUGGACAGCAGCCGAGGGCGUACUUGCAAUCAAUGACGGGUGGCAUGCCUGCUUACGGUAACAGCCCGGGCGGUCUGGGGCCGGUUGCCAAGGCGCGCAAGAAGAAGAAGCAGAAGCUCGCCAUCCUCGCCGCAGUUCUCUGUGCCAUAUUGCUGCUCCUGAUCGGUUUGAUUGUGGGCGUGUUGGUUGGCAUCGUCAAUCGCAAGGAUGACAAGCCACCCCCACCAGGACCGACCGGGCCCAGGAUGAUGUAA